AAGAUUACUACUGUGCAAGAUGAUGGAGUUUUAGAUAGUGGAUGGUAUAGGCUGGGCUGUAGUCUGGGUAUACUAGAUACUUAUCAGGCAGCUGAUGUAGAAGUGGUUGAAGCAAGCGUAUGGUGGACUGGAUGGACAACUAUCUCGUUAACAGUGCUAAUAAGAGACAAAGCAUAG